AUGGCCGCAAAGUUCGUGCUUGUCGUUUUAGCAGCAUGUCUCCUUAUGGAGACAUUGUGUGCCCCAACCGAAGAGAAGAGGAUUCGGCGAAACAUGAUCCGCGGAAGACCGCGCGGCGGUAUGAAGAGAACUCCGCCGAUGACAAUGUUUGCCGGUAAAGUUAGCAUGGACACUGUUGUUUCCGACGAAUUCACUCAAAUCCUUGAUCACUUCGAUACGUCGAACACGAAGACUUUCAAACAAAGAUAUUGGCACAACAACCGCUGGUACAAAGAAGGAGGUCCAGUGUUCUUGAUGCUUGGAGGCGAAGGACCAGAAUCGUCGUUCUGGGUGUCGUCGAGCGAUUUGGAAAUCACCAAUCUUGCUGCUCAACAAGGAGCAUGGGUGUUCGAUAUUGAGCACAGAUACUAUGGAGAGACUCGUCCAACUGCCACCAUGUCAACCAAAGAUCUUAGGUAUUUGAGUUCAGCGCAAGCGAUUGAAGACGUUGCCACAUUCAUCAAAGCAAUGAAUGAGAAGUUCCCAGAACUCGCCAAAGCCAAAUGGGUGACAUUCGGAGGAUCGUACUCAGGAGCUCUUGCCGCUUGGGCUCGCGAGAAACACCCCGAGCUCAUCUAUGCGGCUGUCGGAAGUAGUGGUCCAGUUCAGGCAGAAGUUGAUUUCUUUGAGUAUCUCGAAGUUGUGAAGAACUCGAUUUCUCGCAAUUCAACCGAGUGUGCCGCUUCAGUUACUAAAGGUUUCAAUCAAGUCGCCCAACUUCUGAAAACCGCUGACGGUCGCAAGCAGCUCAAAACCGUUUUCCACACCUGCACUGACAUUAACAUCAACGACGAUAAGAGUGUCAAAUAUUUCUGGGAGACUGUCUACAGUCCAUAUAUGGAAAUUGUUCAAUAUUCCGGAGAUGCCGCUGGACUGUUUGAGCAUCAGCUCACGAUUGCUCAUGCGAUUUGCAGAUUCCACAACAAUCCAAAAACCACGGCACUGCAGAAAAUGAAACAGGUCAACGACAAUUUCGAUCUUGUCAACAUGUAUUUCGGAUGCAACGACAUCAACUAUUCGGCAUUCAUCGAGUUCAUGAAAGACGAGGAUUAUGGCACUGCCCAAUCGGAUCGUGCUUGGGUCUGGCAAACCUGCACCGAGUUCGGAUAUUACCAAUCGACAGCCUCGCCUGUCGCUGGUCCGUGGUUCGGCGGCGUUAGCAAUCUUCCAGCGCAAUACUACAUUGAUCAAUGUACUGAAAUCUACGGAGCCGACUACAACUCGAAGGAGGUUCAAGACGCUGUGAAUCACACCAACGACUACUAUGGAGGACGUGAUAAACUUAAUACCGAUAGAAUUUUGCUUCCAAACGGAGAUAUCGAUCCAUGGCACGCACUCGGAAAACUCGCAAGCAACUCGCCGAACGUUGUUCCAGUUGUGAUUAACGGAACAGCUCAUUGUGCUGACAUGUACGGAAGCUCGAGCUCGGAUAGCGUUUAUUUGACAGCUGCCCGGCAGAAGAUUGCCACAGUUCUUGACGGAUGGCUUAAAGCUUAA